AUGUUGGGACAAGCUGUAAGGCGCUUCACGACGUCCGCUGUUCGUUCUUCACAUUAUGCUGAAGGACCAGGAAAGAACCUUCCGUUUUCCGUGGACAACAAGUGGCGUCUGCUGGGCAUGAUGGUGGUGUUCUUCGGCAGCGGCUUUGCAGUCCCCUUUAUUAUGGUCAGACAUCAGCUCCUGAAGAAGUAA